UACUAAAGAACGAUAUUCAUUUAAAAGUACAUUUUCAGCUCUGUGAAUUAAUGCCAACUUUGAAAGCUGUGAAAGCAGUGUUGCCCCCACUGUGUAACGAGGUAUAAUUGGAUUUUCAACUAUAGGUACAGGAGUAUAAACUUUUGCUAGCAGAAAAUUGUUAACUGCCACAUAAAAACUAAUAAAAUAAUAGUUUUUUUUCUUUUUCGCCAUUAGACACAAUGUGCCGACCGUAACCCGUAACAGACAAAUAAUUUUACCAUUGCAGUACUCAAAGAAUAAAACUAUCUCAUAAAUCAUGAUAUUAAAACUAGUUGAAUAAACAAGGACGUUCGUUGUUUCAUAACAUCCAACGAUGUCGCUAGUGUUUCGGAGGACAGCCGAUCGUUUUGUAAACAAAGUCGACUCGUAAUACCACGAUAAAUCAUAGUAAUAUCCAGAACUCCCGAAAUAAAUCACCUGUCGGAAAUAAAAAAAAAAAAUGUAAAAAAAUACGUGCCAUACGUGAAAACGAUUUAUCGGCAGGUGGAUUGUGUGAACGAAAACAUGUGGCGGUAAUCCGUCGCCAUCGAAUCGCGGACGCAUUACAUUUUACCUCGUCCGACUGGCCGAUGAGAGAACUCGGCGUGGGCUCAGCCGGAGACGAAACCCAUACGAAUACGAGGUGGUCCGAGAUCCAGCUGCAACCCUGUGGCCGGUUAUCGUAGCUCGUACACCGUAGCCACCGUAGCUUGGACGAAGCGUGUGCGAUUGCGCACUAUCGCCGUAGCUUGGCCCCGUCCAGACCAAACCCGACCACGCGAUGAAUUACCCGCUGCACGUUUUCGCGUUCUUCUUGCUCGUGUGGAUCGCGUUCCAGUUUUGGGUGCUGCGAGAACCCGAGAAGGAACGGGACAGCGACAACCUGAGCCGACUGCACCAGAGACUGACCGAAACCGUUCUAUUGAUGAACAAGGUACGCGCGGACAACGCCGAGCUGGACGUUCAAAUAGAGCACUUGAAAUUAAGAAUACAACAAGUAAAAAGUACUUCCGACAAAAUACACAUGGACACCUUCAAUGCAACUUUAAUCGUCCCAUCCAAAGAGUAUGAACUUCUCCGGCGCCGUAUACACUCGAACGUUAAAGAGUUUUCGUAUUACGUCAAUUCCGAACUCGAAUCAUUGGACAGAAAAGAGAAAGGCACGGUGAGACGUAUUAAAGAGAUGAAAAACAUGCUCGUCGAACACUUUAGGUCAUUGUUAAAAGACAUAACCGAUUUGGCCGACGUCGACGACCAUUCGACCUGGCGAGAACAGGAAUCUGAAAACUUGAGCAGACUAAUACAAAACCGAUUAGAUGAUCUACAAAAUCCGCUAGACUGUUCCAUAGCUAAACAGCUAGUUUGUAAUUUAAAUAAGGUUUAUGGAUUCAGUUAUAAAUUUCACCAUCUUGUUUACUGUUUCAUUGUCGCGUACGAAACCCAAAGAAUGUUAGUUCUAACUCCAAUGAAAUACAAUAACGUGUGGCAGAAAUUUUUUUUUACCUUAAAUGGAACAUGUCCAUUGGUGAUGAAUAAAUCGAUUUCUCAAUGGACAGGAAAUCAAACCGAUCAAAUAGUGCAAUUACCCAUAAUCGAUGACGUCCACCCGAAACCUCGUCUUCUUCCUCCGGUGUUACCCGAUGACUUUGCUUCGCGGUUAAACGUUUUGCAUGGGGAUCCUAUGGUCUGGUGGAUAGGCCAGUUUCUCAAGUUUAUUUUCCUACCACAACCAACAAUUAGUAAUAUAUUUGAUGAGUGUGCUGAGAAAAUGAAAUUCCAAAACCCAACUGUUGGAGUACAUGUUAGAAGAGCUGACAAAAUCAAUAAAGAUGCUGGCUUCCACGCAUUAGAAGAAUACAUGAUUCAUGUUGAAGAAUACUAUAAGCUAAAAGAAUUAAGUGGUCAAAUUAAAAAGAAACGAAUUUAUUUAGCUACAGACGAACCAAAUUUAUUCGCUGAAGCUAAACGCAAGUAUCCAGAGUAUGAAAUAAUUUGCAACGAAAAUAUAUCUAAAACUGCGUUCAAAAAAUACGACUUGAGAAAAUCGUUAAUUGAUUUAAUCAUUGACAUACAUUUUUUAUCGCUCAGUGACUACCUAGUUUGUACAUUUUCCUCGCAAGUGUGUCGAAUAGCCUACGCGCUAAUGAACAGUCUCCAUCCCGACGCAUCGGAACGGUACGCUUCGUUAGACGACAUUUAUUAUUUUGGCGGUCAAAGUCAUAGGCUGAAUGAAGCCGUGUUGCAGCACAAUUCCAAUAGACCGCAAGAAAUUGAUCUACAGAUAGGAGAUCAAAUUUUCGUCGACGGCAAUCGCUGGAAUGGUUAUUCGAAAGGGAAAAAUUUAAGGACGCAUAAAACCGGCCUCUAUCCUACGUUCAAAGCCAUUUCAAAAAUUGAAUCAGCAAUUGUUCAUGCGUAUUCCAACAGUACAGCAUAAUUAUUAGUGGCAUUUAUAGCUUAUACGUUUUACUUAUAUCUUUAUAUUUGUGAAACAGUUCAUUAAUAAUAUUACAAACGAUUACAUUCGAAUAUUGACGUACAAUUAAAAUAAUUAAAAUAGU